AUUGUAAAGUGAAAGGCGUGCCAUCAAGAAGGAGUCUAUGUCUAAACACAAAUUUCUUGAUGCUAUAUCAGCCUUGCGAAUGCCAUGUGAUGCCAACGUCUCUUGAUACAACUGCAAUCCAAUGAAUACAAUGCUCGGCCGUUUAAUGUUUGUCGUAGUAUUGCCGCUGUUUGUCCUUAUUGCUGGCGAUUUGUUUCAAGAAUCUCAAGCAGGAUCUUUUAAGUCAUCAUGUCUUCGACGAUGCCAUCGCUUAUUUAAAAAUACCGCCGCUUCAAAGGUUUGUACUCCAUUUGUUUGUAUUCCGAUUGAGUUUUGAUACUGACUGCACUACGGCUUACGCUCAAGUCUGCAAACAUUUCCCUAAGGAAUGUAAAAGGUUUCGUAUAGCGGAAACCACGGAUAAUGCAUAAUGCAUUUCCUCCACGUUGAAGUGGUGUCGUUCUUAUUUCUUUUCUUCGAUACUUGUUUACGAGGGCGUGCAAAAAAUAUUUUAUAGCAAGUAAACGUGAUCUGAUUUCCAGGAAUUUAUGACAUUAGGUUAAGCAUAGUGAUAGGCAAAGUUAAUCUAAUUCGCAAUUUUUGUUUAUAUUCGAUCGUCACCGUGAGUGAUCUUUGGCAUUUAGAUUUCUGCCCGGUAAGAACUGUCUAUUGAUAUUAUUUUUCCUUUGAACUACGAAUUAGUAACGCAAGCUAGAGUAAAUCGCGAAAUAACACGCACAAUUAAUAGAAGUCUUGCAAUACUAAGCUGGUCUGAAAUUUAAGCUCGUUCAAAAUAUUAAAAAGUAGAUGUAUAAACAGAGUGAUAAAGAGAAGCUCAAAAAUAUUUUUGGGUUGGAAGUUUGUCGCUAUAUGUAUUUUCCUUCGGUGUGUCCACAGAAGUUAAGACGUGAGCACCUCACAAACAGUGAUUAUAUUUAUGCGAAAUAAAACGUGCAUUUUGAUCACGUCACGUCGGAAAUAAAAAAACAUUUUGGAGCUGUACUUUUACUGAGGAAUAUUUUUGUCAAUGCUGAAAGUAUUUUUCUCUACAAAGUUAUUAAGUCAUCCAGCUACUAUAGUGUCUUGAUCAUCACAGAUACAAAAUUAGUGCAGUAAAGAAAUGACGAUUUCAAGUUUAAAUUGAACAUCUUUAUCGAUGGAAAUGUUAGUUACUAUUCAAUACUGGUCAAAGUGGACUGAAACAUAAUUAUCCUUGUUAUGUUUUAUUGAAACGGAACCAAGAAUCUUCAUCGACUUUGAUAUCCAAAAAGAUUGUCUUAUGGUUUCAAAUGAGAUCCUCUUGAUAUCGAGACAAAAAUACGACUCCUUCCGGGCACAUUUUACCACUCUGAAUAUUCAAGGAUGGACAAAUCCAUUUUGACACAGCCCGAGACAUUACUUAACAAACAAUAUUCGAAUGAGUGAUACUGGCAGAAACUUGUGGAUAAAAAUACGUUUCAGACGAGUGAGAGCGUUCACAGUUCAUUCUAGAACUAAUUAGAUGGGACCUUUCAAAUUAACCUGAUGAGAUUCUGUCAUAGUAUGAAUGAUUAGUAGCACUGGAUCAAACUUUCUGGGAAAAAGGAAUUCAUUAAGAUUUUCAGUACGCAGAUUUUGCAGAAAUUCUACGUCAAUAACUCCUUGUUCUUGGUAUUUUAAACGAAAGAGAAAAUAAUAAUAAUCGAUAAGGCUUUCCAAACAUGGCUUUUUAAGUCUUAACGCCGUUUAGUAUUUGAAAUUCCCUGCUGGUGAUCGUAUUUUAGAUAUGCAAAUAACAUUACUGUCUGUCGGAGGAAGGAAGCUGUUAAAAGUUUACAUUUUAAAUUUUGCUUCUUUUGAUAUCUCUGAUAUUCUUUGAAAUUUUCAGAUUUAAUGUAGCAGAAUCAUGCAUAAAACGUGUUUCCCGUAGGUCAAUGAAUCGGCGAAUCUAAAACACUGAAAAAUUGAGCCAGGCGAUGAUAUAAUCUGAACCCUUUGUGACAUGAUGACAACCAAUGUUCCUCGUAUUAAUUAUUUAAUCGGAGCAAACGAGGGAGCUUUAUUAGUCUAUUAAAUCCUAAAUUUGCUCGCAAUUAAUCUCACGUACUUAAACGAGUCAUUAAUUAUAGAAAAUAAGUCUUAAUGUGCACGUUAUAUUAAACUUUGAGUUUGAAGACAAUCAUGCAAACCUCAGCACACUUCGCGGACCUAUGGCUUUGUUCCCUCUCUUAUUAAUUUUUGCUCGUGGCACAAUGUAGAAAAUGGCGCAUAUUCCAUACCAAAUUCUUUUCUAAGCAUAACACAAAUCUGAAACCUUAUGAAAAAACUACACCUCUUGAACGUAAAACGAAUUCAAUUUCUGUCUUUGUCUUAUUAACUGGAAAUCUACCAAUCGAUUUGACCACUUGACCAUCUGUCUCUUUACCAUUCUGACCUGCAGGUAUCCUUCUCAUGUCAUGAACUUUGCAAGGAAACGCAAGGUAAAACUUAGAGUGAUUCAUCUGUUUUAAAGUGGUAUUUGAUAGCCCUCUCAAAAGCGCCAAAGCGAAUGGGCUUUCUCUUUCUGACAAUGUUAUCCCUGUUAUUGUUAUGUAUUAUUGCAAGUGAGGAUGACGUUGGAACAGCUGUCAGGAGAAAAAGCGAAAUAACCAUGUGAUUUCACACUAAUCCUCCAAGCAGUGACCAAUAGAUGAAAUUUUAAAGUUCCUUAUCUGAUAAUUUUUUCUCUGUUUAUAUUACCAGAACAAAAUAGUCUAAUAUAUGAAUAUCAUGUCUAUGUAACAAAGCAGCAUAUCCUUAUAUCCUUGCCUUUAAAGAAAAGCAAUUUCAACAGAAGUUAUCUAAAAACUUUUUCUUUGGUAGGCAGCGGUCUCUUUCAUGACAUUCCGUCUCCGUGCCAUCCAGGUGUUUUUCACCACCAUAAAAUUAAUUCUAUAACAUCGUUAUAGGUAAUCUUACAUGGUUUAAAUGACAGUACAUCUGAUUUAGUUGUAAUUUGUUGUUCAUUUUAACUAUUAUUAUUAUCAUUUAAUUAUUAUUGUUAUUAUUGAUGCAAAAAGCCAUCUCCAUUUUCCAAAUAUUUUGUGCUCUUCUUUCAUCAAACCUCACUCUUGGCUCUCUACAAGAAUCUUUAUUCUAAAGUUAUAUCUUUGUCAGAAGGUUCAGUUUUGUGCCAACAGUUUUUUCUUGGUGCUCUCUGAAUGAUUUCUAGUCAAUCAACUCAAGCAUCAAUUUGUAAUCCUAAUAGAUCUUGGAUUUCAAAAGUUUUGCGAGUGAAUGUGCUCAAAAACUCCUUCCGUUCUCAAUCAAGAGAUUUGAUAGGAAAACCAUUCGGGGCUUGAUUAUUCGAAUUUUCUCGCCUCUCUGGCAGUCAUCGUCAGUAAAUCAGAUUGGUUCGUGUGACAUUUACCUUUGUCUGAUUGGUCGAUGUGAUUGGUUUGUUUUUAGUUUUUGGACGCUAUAUCGGAAAUCGCGCAAACCGAUUUCUGUUAAAUCUUGGGAUCACGUGGUAAACUUGUCCCCUUUAAAUAUUUUAAUGGUUAGGAGUUUUGAGUGCUUUAGACUGAUUAAUGCCCGUUUGCUAACAACAAUUUUUGUCUCCUGUCUUGUGACACUGAGUAAACUUUAUAACGUGAAUCUUAGUUUCGAAAGUGUCCACUGCAUAAGUUUAUACAUGUACCUCCUAGUGAUUUCAGUGGCAGAGCAACGAGGCCUCGCUGCACAUAGCUCCAUGAAACAGCGCAUUCGAAAGGCUUUGAAAGCUAUUCCUGGUAAGUUGAAAAUAAUGAAAGGAGUGUAAAGAAAGAGCUCAGGAUCUUCCAUUUCAGUUGAGAUGUAUCAUGAAAUGAAGACUGAUCUUGUAAAUACAAAUAACAAAUAGGUUACAGAUCCUUACAGUAUGCAGAAGCGCAUAUAAAUCGUUUGCGAACUUUGCAAAGACCAUGUUAAGCAUCGGAAUAGACGCCUUUUGUAAAAGGUGGUUGAAAAUCUAAAAGGAUGAUUUGCCUGGGAGACAGUUAACCAGAAUAAUCAUGCAGUUUUGUGUAGAUUCACAAAGUUUCGUUCAAACAGUUCUUACAUCCCUAGAGUAAUAGUGAGUCAAACAAUAAAAAAAUAACUUUAUAUCACCAAUGCUCGGGGUGUUAUGUUAUACCCUCCGUCAUGCAAAUGUCUGUGAGUAUGACAAAUUCUGUGGUGAGUGACCUUGUCCCCAUUUAAAAAAUUUUAAUUGUUUCUACUCGUGCCAUGCUCUCUCUUGAUGUAGUAGUUAUUCAGAAGUUGUGGUUUUCCCCGAUGUUAAAUUUUUGAGCAUCGGAGAAGGGAUGGCCUAUAGUUUGGAAGUUCCACUUACUGUUGUUUUUUGGGGGUAGUUCUUUUGCUCUUGAUUAUAUUGCUAACUUCACACCAUGUUUUUUAGAGUGCUCAAUGUCUUCAUUAAAUCAAAAAGUGGACUGGACCCCAAGCGAGGUGAACGUGACCUUUGGACAGUAUAAAAAAACCAGUCAUUGGUACGCGAACAUAUCUUGGACGCCUUUAAAUGGUGAGUAAUAAAAGCUUCGAGAAAGUUGAACCCAUUUUAUCGAGUGUCAGUGAUAACUUCGGCAUCAUAAUGGCUUUGCUUUCUUUCGCGAUAUAGCUGGAGUGAAAAACUUUCUCUACUCUAAACUAAUCAGAUCCAGAAUUUAAAAUUAAAUAAAAUUCCAGAUUUACCGCGCUUGUAGGGAGCUUCGUUUGCGUUGCGUUGCGUAGAAAAUUAUCUAACUGCAAAUGCAGAAUUUUAUACUUAAUAUGAAUAUAUCUAUGUUAUGUUCCCUAAAAGCAAUGAAAUGUAAUGAUGUUUUAAUUUUGGUGAAAAAAAACUUUCUUUAAGCCUAGUUUUUUAUCAUGAAGGUUUAAUCAAUGUGCAAGUUCCCUUGCUUACAAAGUAGUUUUAUCCUUGUAAGAUUCAAAAUACAUACUUAAAUUUUUCCUUAAUCACAUUACAUUGGGGAUAUUUUGACUGAAAGGUAUAAAGUAGAUGAAAAUAUUUUUUUGUGUACAGCAUUUUCUCUAUGACCUUGUAUUGGCUUCAGUUUUGUAAUUCCCUAACGAAAGAGUAUGAUGACUCUUUGAUGCAACAAUUUUUCAUUCUGCGAUUUGUUUGUGUAGAAACUUACGGAAACUGGUCCGGUAUUGUGGUUAAACUUACGGUAAAAAAUGCCCACCCUAUAUUGAAAGGCGUAUAUCCAUCAAGUUGUUCUCAACAUCCGAAGGUAAGAGGCAAAGUUACGCAAAAAUUGUAGUUCCAAUCUUUCUUAAAGAUUGACCUGAAUUUCGUUUACUUAUCGGGUGAAAAAAAAUUGCUUUAUAUUGACUUUAAGUUAGUCUUUUUUCUAUCGGUAGCGUUCUUUAACGAUUCAAAUAAGAUUUCUAGCCCUCAAGUCAAGUGUUUGUGACUCAUUCGUGUUGUUUUUUCUUUUUAUAACUAUUGUCUUGCAAGUUAAAGCUUGUUUUGCACAUUAGAAAGAAGAUUAACUGAACACUAAAAUUGUCACAGCCUCUUUGAAUGAUAUACAGCUAGGAAGUCGCCUAAUUAAAGAAACAAACUCAGCCAAAGUCUUCAGAACACUGAGGCUUUAACUAUUGAUUUUAAGCCAUACCCAGAGGUGAUAGUGUUUUGGGCAACACUCCUUAAAUAAUCUAGCACUGAUAUAGAUUUAAAUCUGCAUGGAUAUCGUUUUGGCUGGUUACAUAUUUCUCAAGAUACUUGUGCAACACGUCAAUGUGACGUGUGAUUAGACUAAGGAUCAGAAUGUUAGGAUCGCAUGAGGACGCUCUUCAGCCGUACAAAAUAAGAGGACAAAGAAAACCUCUCUUAGAGGUAUUGAAAGCCGUUUUUGGAAAAUCCACUGACCAUCAUAAACUUCUUUUCAGUUGGUCUACAACCUGGUGGUCAGUAGCUAAUCAGUUGCAUUGAUUUUGUUUUUUCACCAUUGUUUCUCCUCUUUUUCUUUCUAAACUUCAGAAUCAAACAUUUCUUCAAGUUAAUCUCUCUUCCUACGGAUAUCUUUUUCCAGAUGUUAUUUAUCUGAGGGUAAGUAAGAUCUUACUCGAUUUACAGUGUACUUGCUGCCAAUCAGUUUAGUUUAAUUAUCUUUGAACCAAAGAAGGUUAGUGAGACGCUUAUCAUCACAUGGUUUCCUAUUUUAUUUAAAGAUUCUUGCCCUUCCUUACUCUCCAAAAGAGGACAUCUCAGAUGUACUGUCAUUUAAACCACGUAAGUUGUACCGAUAACAAUACUGUAGAAUUAAUUUUAUGAUGGUGAAAAACAUCUGGAUAGUAUGGAGACGGAAUGUCAUGAAAGAGAUCGCUACCGACCAAACAAAAAGUUUUUAGAUAACUUCUGUUGAAAAUGCUUUUCUUUAAAGGCGAGGAUAUAAGAAAAUGCUGCUUCGUUACAUAGACAUAAUAUUCAUAUAUUGAACUAUUUUGUUCUGGUAAUAUAAACAGAGAAAAGUUUAUCAGAUAAGAAACUUUAAAAUUUCAUCUGUUGGUCACUGCUUCGACGAUUAGUGUGAAAUCACAUGGUUAUUUCACUUUUUCUCCUGACAGCUGUUCCAACGUCAUCCUCACUUGUAAAUCAAAGGACAGCGGGUAAGAUGAAAAUAAAAACUUUCAUUCGAGGAUUGUUUAAAACCCAAAUGAUUUAGCGAGAUUGUUAUUAAGAUGUAUAAUGUUGCGCCUUUUAAAAGUGUUAAAAAGAAGUAAAUGCAAUGUCAGAAGUCGUACAAUAAUGCAAUUAUUAAUGAUUGUCCAAGCAACUGCAGUUAGUAACUGCCGAGGACUAAACGAGAAUUUCAAAUGAAGAAAUCUGUGGUCAUCGGAAAGCCAUCACAGUGAUGUUACUUCUAAUAGUACUUGAGCGCUUAGACAUCCAAGUUUGUCUCAUAUUAUUUGCAUAAACGCCUGUUUAUUGUCCUUGUCUUCUGAUCUGGUGAGUUAUGAUUCAAAUUUUGCACAGGAACUUUGACAAACUGUAUUUCUAUUGGUGUGAGAAGAAAAUACUGAAUUUUUAUGUUUAUGGGGUCUCAGACAAACUUCUCAGGAGCACUUUGAAACAGGCCUCAUUGCUUUAAAAUUAUUAUUCUUUUCAUGAACUGCUGUUUCAAAAAACGAAUUAUUAUCUUUUCAUGAGAAAUCGGGGAAGAAAUGCUUCAUAAAACACCACACCUGGUAUAGUUACAUCGUUGUUGCCGUUGCUCAGCGUAAGCGUCAAAGCCUCACACUUUAAAAAAACUUUGUUAGAAUGAAGCUUGUUGCUGGUGUCAAUCGAUCUCUUUAUUUCUUAGUACUGGUUUCUUGAGCUGCCUGGGUCUACAAACAGCCGGAUUGUGUCUGUCUUUUAAUGGGCAUGGUGACCUGGCUUUAAUCACAGAUUUUUUUUUACCUCAGCAAUUUUUCAACUAUUCCCCUUUCUGUAGAAUGUGCAUGGAGAGAUUCCUAGAGCCGAUUGUUAGACAGAAUCUUAGAAACGACCUUUCACUUUAAAAGUGUGUUCGUUGAAAGUUUUUCAUACCGGUACUUGAUAACAGCAAAUCACAAGUUUUUAUCUAAGAGUCACAAAGGGAAGGCAGGUAAAAGGCUUUUCUUGAUUUGGUACUAGAAGUUAUUCAUUUUCACCUAGGUUCUAACAAAGGCAUGAAAUAUGUGUCCAGUUCCGUUGGUAUCGUUGCUGGUGUCUUGGCAGUAGUAUUGGCCGGUGUUUGCCAUAAAAGAUUUACCAGAAUCUGUUUACAAUACGGAUACAUCCGUCCAUCUGGUGGUUUGUAUUUGUCUUUCAAUAAAGAAAUACCAAUAAUAUCUCUUGGAGGGGCGAGCGACUCGACUGAUCCUCAUUGCUUACGUACCUAACUUUGAAAUCACGUGUGGAUAACAUCUUUCCAUAUCCAUUUAUUUCACCACUUCAGUCGAAGUUGUCCUUCUUAAUAGAAUUUAACUUUUAGAUUUUCUUGGACUUUGAGAUAAUAUAUUUUUUAACAAAACAGCACGCAUAGUAAAACUAUCUUAUAAAUUUGCUCAGAGCCUAUUCAAGCUAUAACAUGAUCACAUCUACUGCAACAGCUAAGAACUGAACAUCCAUGCACUAUCGACACCGAAAAAAUCCUGACUCCUCUUUUGGGACAAAUUAAAGGUCCGUUCUUUGAUAGUGAGCGACAUUUUUUUGCACGACUUCCCGUCUCGGGAAGAUGUGGGCCAAAACAGUAUUCUACCCUCGCUUUCGAAAUAUAAAAAAUGUUUAGCCUUUAUAUUAAGUGUUUGGUAAAUCUUUCCCCUUUUUUGUCAACCUUGAAAACGCCCCUAAUUAAUAUGAGUAUGAAGCCUGCCCAAGUUUUUUAUAGUUUUUAUUUUUCACAAUUUUAGUGGUAAAUUGUGAAAAAUCAAAACCAUAAAAAAUUUGGGCAGCAACACUUACAAGUCUGAGAAUUUACAAUUCUUUUGCAUAAAUACUCCUUCUAACAAUUUUGUGUUUAUCAUUUUCAGAUCUUGGGCCUGAAAAUUAUGAUUGUGACGCAUUCAUAAUUUUUAGAAGUGAUGACCUUGAAUGGGUGGAAGAAAGGCUUCUCCCUCUCCUUGAAGGAAAGCAUAAGCUAAGAUGCCGAAUCCACCACAGAGACUUCAGAGCUGGCGGUAUUAUUUAUGAUCUGAUUUCGGAUAGCGUUUACAAAAGUUACAAAAAUGUAGUAGUUUUCUCAAGUAAGUUUUUGAACGGCCGUUAUUGCAGGUAUGAGCUAGAUCAAGCGAAGCAGAGACUUCUCGAAAGAAAUGACGACAGUUUGGUUAUCAUAAGAAUUGAUGACGUUGAUUUAGGGUCGCUACCCGAAGAUUUGCGAGAAAGAAGCGUGAUCGACUAUGGAAGUAAUCAUGAAAAACCUCAUUGGAAAAAAAAGCUCCUUGAAUUUCUCGGGGUUCCUCACAAAUACAAACGUGAAAGCACAAAAAGCAAUGAUACCGAAGUAUCCGUGCUUGAACCAGUCAACGGAGAUGUUUUCGAAAAUGGACACGAAAUUGCCAAAAUGACCACUGAGGCAACUUGUAUUACUAAUGCGUGAUAAAGCACCAACUACCAUCACGAAUAAUAGUAACAUUUAUUUCCUUUUGGAAGCUUUGUGAAUUUUUGCAGGUUAUCGACGCUGCAGCUUUUAUUAGCAGAGUUCAAACCAUAAAACUUGACAAUCGCUUCUCUUUGGCCAGCUGUUUCUUAUCGCAGGAAUUUGCGAAAUUGUAAUUAACUGAUUUAUGUUCAGAAAAAAGACUCAUGAAGUCAAAACGAGUUGGUUAUCAUUCUAAUUGACUCAACAUUACUCAACUCUGCCACUCAUCUGAGAGACUAGCUGAGAGAACUUGUGCUAUCAGUACUCAGUACGACUUUAUAUUUUCAACACCAGAAUUCAACAUCAGAUUUUAUAUUCUUAUGGUGACGAAGUUCUUCUGCAAAUCAAAUCAAUUUAAUUAAGUCAAUGGAUAUAACACUCUAAGCGAAGGUAAAAAGUGAAUAUGAUCUCGAUACGGUUCUUUCAUGUUUCACAACUGGAACAUAAUCAUAGCUAAAAUAGUCUCAAUACCAAUAAUCAAUGACUGUUUCAGUAUCAUGAGUCAAAAGUUUAUUGGAUAUUCGCCGAGGGUCAAAUUUGUAGAGGAUUCCUCAUCACUAUUCACUGUUGGUGCUCAUUUAUAACCUAAUUUUAUUUUUCGUUGUAAGGUUGAGAGAAAAGAGAGCAAUUUUUUGUAGGUUAGUGCCUAAGUGGUAUAGUAACAGUAUGACCUUUAAAUCAGAUCCAAAAAAAACAUUUUUCUGCAUUUUAAUCAGUUUUCUCCUUUCUAAACCUCAAAUUCCUAAUUGAUACGAUACGUAAGUAAUUUGUUAUCUUUUUUAACAAUUUUCGAUAAUCUUAUUGAUCUAGGCCUCUCUUUCAUGAAUCUCUUACUCUUCCAGGCAUCAAGACAAUUUUAUUUCAUUAUAGACUAUUACUUUAUAAUUUCUCUUGCUAGAAACCUAUCGAAAAGACAGUAAAACCAUAGAUUUCUCUGUAAUUCUCCUUACUGUCAACCAUACAAUUCUGAUAAUGUUAGUUUCGAGGAUUUAGUAUUGGAUCAACUUAUUAUCCCCAGAUUAUUAGUGAGGAGAAAUUCUGUCUUGGUCACCCAUGGUAGUUUUUUGAAGGGUUAAAAAGAUCGCCAGCACGAAGCAACAAGUUGGAAAGACAAAGAUUGGAAAAAAAAUUUGGAACAUUACAGACCAUUUUUGCGUGGCUUAAGGAUCACUUAGCUAUUUAUUGUAAAUAGUACAGAGUGUUUUGUCUUAAAAUAAAAUCAUCAACCCCGCAAGAAUCGUUCUGUAUCGUAACUGUUGGUAAGUAUUUUUCCUAUUUUGCAAUAACGAUCGUAAAAAAAAGAGCUUUGCAUAGCUCGAUGCUCUGCCCUCUUCGUUUUUCGUCACAUACUGAGUUAGAAAGAACUGCUCAUAUUUCUGCGAAAACUUACUUGCGUUCGCUUCAAAGUUCUCAAAGUAAUGUUGUAGAUUGUUAAUGUACCUGGAAGAAACGCACCCACCUGAAAACAUAGCCCAUUCAGAAGCAUCGAGCACUAUCUUUAUGAACGGAAGAAAAACUGAGUUUCUUCCGUUACGUCACAUUCUUUAUCGUAUGUUACAUCAUAAUGAGGCCUGUGCACGCGCAGGCUUCUAAUGGGCUGCAAGCGAAAACACCAACAAAAACGCAGAUAAAACGAAAACAAAACAGAAAUUCAGGGAUAAGAGAGAAAAUAUUUAAACCUCAUCAUUUAUCUCCCUCUCCAAUUCUCCUUCCCCUUAAAGACCAGUGUUAACCUCGCUUUAUCCUUCAUAUUCAGCUUUAGCGUGAUACUUAUACACCUGUUAGAAAGGAGCUUCUAUCUACCAAAACUGUAAACGCAACAUUAGAGGUGAAUAAUUAUUUUAGUACUUACCACACGGAAACCAACAAGCCUGUUUAUUUCUUCUAUCAUACCGAAAAAUGGUCGAAAAUUUAACUCUUUACGCGCGAUUUUGUCUCAUCGGCUGCUCAGAGGUUAAUAGUAUUUGCUAAUUCAUUUCCGAACUAGCCAAUCAGCGAGCGCAAAAAGCUCUAUUUAAUUGUUUGGCGUAUACUAAUUCUCUUUAUAGCUGUGAGUCAUGAUCUAACUUUAUAAAUUUGAAAAAUGAUAUUGUUGAAAAUUGCGAUAAUCAUGAUUAAAACCAAUUGACAAUACUUCACAGCACUGCAAUUUCUAACUGUUAUCAUUUGAUUUAGAUUGAUAACGUUAUUUUCGCGUAACGUGUAAAAACAAAAUGAAUGUAUACAGCACAAAAAAUGGAUGAUGGUAUGAGUCAUGCCGACACAUGUUCUUAAAAAAUAAUUCGUGAGUAUUAUCGUGAGUUUGUAAUUUAUCUCGAUUCUACUAUUUUCACGAAGUUACGGCAGUAUCAUAAAAACAAAUAUAAUCAUUGUAAGUAGUUACUUAAGUCUCGUUAUCAUUACCGUCAUCAUUAAUAUUAUCAUAAUAGUUAAUAUCUUUAGGUGCCAAACGCUUAGCUAGGUCAGGCUUCAGUCACCAUAGCUGGUCCAUCGGUAUUUUUGUUUAGAUUUGUCACGCCAUGCUCACUCAUGCUUGUAUUUCGUACAUGACGUCCGCUUUUACUGUGUUCUUGCAUUUUGGAAAAACAACAAGACGAAUAAAAUUGUCCCAUGCAAAUAAAUAUCCACGAAGAUAAAAGUAGAAGACUGGAAGAGACAAUGCAAACUUCGAUCGCACGUGAUAAAGGCAUAAUGAAGACUGAGCGCAUCAAUUAUGAUCUGUUGUUUAUGUCUGCAGCAUACAUAAAUCACAAAUUUGUUGCGAGUGAGUGAACAACCGAGGUUGUAAAGAGAGGUCCGUGCUCUCGAAAAGGAGUCCGUGUCUGAAGACAAAAUGCUAUGUGCUAUAUCCAGCCCUGAAAUUGCAAUGCCAUGUGAUGCCGACGUCUCUUGACGCAACUGCAAUCCAAUGAAUACAAGACUCGGCCGUUUAAUGUUUGUCGUGGUAUUGCCCUUGUUUGUACUUAUUGCUGGUGUUUUGCUUCAAGAAUCUCAAGCAAGAUCUGUAAUGUCAUCAUGUCUUCGACGAUGCCAUCGCUUAGCUGAAAAAACCGCCAGUUCAAAGGUUUGUGCCCCAUUUGUUUGUAUUCCGAUUGGGUUUCGAUACUGACUGCACUGCAACUUACGCUCAAGUCUGCGAAUAUUCCUAUUAGGAUCGUAAAAGUUGUCGUAGAACGGAAACCUCGGAAUUCUAAUGCAUUUCUUCGACGCUGAAGCGGUUUCGUUCUAAUUUCUACUCUUUGAAACCUGUUUGCCAGGGCGUACAAAAAUAUACUUUAUAACAGGUGAGCGUGAUUUGAUUUCCAAGAAUUUAGAACAUUGGGCUAAGGAUAAUGAUGGUGCAAAGUGAAUCUUAUUGGCAAUUUUCAUUAACAUUCGAUCGUCAAUGUGAGUGAUCCUUGGCAUUUAGAUUUCUGCCCGGCAAGAACUGUUUAUUGAUAUUAUUUUUCCUUUGAACUACGAAUUAGUAACGCAAGCUAGGGUAAAUCGCGAAAUAACAAGUACAAUUAAUAAAGGUCUUGCGAUGCUAAGCUGGUCUGAAAUUUAAGCUCGUUCAAAAUACUCUUAGGUAGAUGUAUAGACAGCGAUAAAGACAAGCUGAAAACACUUUUGGGUUGGAACUUUGUCGCUAUAUGUAUUUUCCUUCGGUGUGCUCACAGAAGUUAAAACGUGAUCACUUCACAAUCAGUGUUUAUAUAUGUGCGGAGCAAAACGUGCAUUUUGAUGACGUCACGUUGGAAUUAAAAAAGAAUUCGUUUAGGUGUACGUGUACUGAGGAAUAUUUCUGUCAAUGCUGAAAGUAUUUUUCUCUACGAAAUUAUUGAGUUAUCCUGCCUCUACAGUGUCUUAACUAUCACAGACACAAAAUCAGUCCGGUAAAGACAGUAAUUUCGUGUUUAUUCAAGUUUGAAAUGGGAAAUCUUUAUUUGCGCAAAUGCGUAGUUUUGACCGACUGUAUUGAAUUAUCUUUUGUUCCUCUCCUUCGUCAGGAUAACUAACCUUGCUAUUUAAAAAUCAAUUUGUGUUUGAUUUGUUUGAAUACCAAACACAGCUCCUUGGUAGAAGUUUGCAUAGGGAGCUGAAUUAGAAAUGCUUUUCGUUCAAGAGGUCAUUUUGCUUUUGUUGACUAAAAAUACACUUUGCAAAGCCGACAAACCAAAUCAUUUCCUAACACGUAAUUAAUGACAAAGCAUAUCAGUUAUAAUCAGCAUAACGUUUCAUAAUGAUUUUUUCUUCUCGACGCUUUUAGUAUUCUUAACAAGAUGUAUGUGGAUACGUCAUGUAGAUCAAAAUACUGCAUUUAGUACCGUUGAUAUUUGAGGAGAGAAGCACGAGUUUACUCUCACCAAAAAGUUGGAGAGAAAGAGUUUAACUUCCCGAGAUUUUUAUCGAUGGAAAUGUUACCGGUAAAAUUGGACGGAGACAUGAUAGGUGAUGAUAGUACUAGUUAUGUUUCAUUGAAACGGAAACAAGAAUCUUCAUUGACUUUGAUAUCCAAGAAAAUUGUCUUAUGUUUCCAAAACGAGAUCCUCUUGAUAUCGUGACAAAAAUACGACUCCUUAGGGGCAUAUUUUACCACUCUGAAUAUUUAAGGAUGGACAAAUCCACUUCGACACAGCCCGAGACAUUACUUAGCAAACAGCAUUUGAAUAAGUGAUACUGGCAGAAACUUGUGAAUGAAACUACGUUUCAGAUGGGUGAGAGCAUUCACAGUUCAUUCUAGAACUAAGUAGAUGAGACCUUUCAAAUGUAAGAUUCUGUCAUAGUUUGAAUGAUCGGUAAUAUUGGAUUCAGUUUUCCGGGAAAAGUUGGUUCAUUGAGGUUUUCAGUAAGCAGAUUUCGCGGAAAUUUUGACAAUAACUUCUUGUGCCUGGCAUCUCAAACCAAUGAGAAUAUAAAAAUAAUCGAUGAGGCUUUCUAAACAUGGCUUUUUAGGUCUUAACGCCGUUUAGUAUUUGAAAUUUCCUGGUGAUCAUACUUUAAAUAUGCAAAUAACAUUACUGUUUGUCGGAGGAAGGAAGCGUUUAAGAGUUUAUAGUUUGCCCCUUGUCGAGCUUUUCCAUUAUUCAAAUUUUGCUUCUUUUGAUAUCUCUGAUAUUCUUGGAAGCCUUCCGAUUUCAUGCAACAGAAUCAUGCAUCAAGACGUGUUUUCCGUAGGUUAAUGAUAGGCGGAUCUAAAAUACUGAAAAAAUUCAGCCGUGCGAUGAUAUGAUCUUAACCCUUUGUGACAUGAUGGCAGCCAAUGUUCCUCACAUUAAUUGUUUAACCAGAGCAAACGAGGAAGCUUUAACCGUCUAUUUUUAAAAAUCCUAAAUUUGCUCACAAUUCAUCUCACGUACUACACGAUUCGUUAAUCGUAAAAAAGAACUACACCUUUGGAGCCUAGCCUCGUUUAUCAUAAACGAAUUCGAUAUCAGUCUCUGUUCAGUCAACCGCAAAUUUAGCGAUCAAUUUUAGCACCUGACCAACUGUCCCUAUGCCUUUCUGACCUGCAGGUAUUCCUCUCAUGUUAUGAACUUUGCAAGGCAAGGAAAGGUAAGCUGGUUUAGAAUUAUAUUGAUAAAGCGAUAUUCAUAUUUAUUUGAUUGGUCGACGUGAUUAGUUUGUUUCUCCUUUUAGGACGCUAAAUUAAAAAUCGCGUGAACCCAAGUGCGGUAAAUCUUGGGAUCACUUAGUAAAAUUUUUUCACCGGUCCCUGUAGAUGUUUUAAAAUUGGUCCGUUCAGGGUCUUUGAGUACUUUAGGCUGAUUGAUUCUCAUUUGCCCAUAGUUUAUUGGUCUCCUGUCUGAAUAAACUUUAUAACGUGAAUGCUAAUUUUGAAAUUGUUUACUGAUUAAUUUACACCCCCUAAUAAUUGCAGUGGCAGACCAACGAGGCCUAACUGCACCUUUCUCUACCAAAAAGCGCAUUCGAAAGGCAUUGAAAGCCAUUCCUGGUAAGCUGAAAAUAAUUACAGGAGUGUUAGGAAAUAGCUCAGGAUCUUACGUCUUAGUUUAAAUGCAUCAUGAAAUGAAGGCUGAAAUUGUAAAUACAAUAAACACAUGGGUUACAAAUCCUAACAAUUUGAAUCAGUUCAGAUAAAUUGUUUGCCAACUUCGCAAAGACCAUUUUAAGUAUCUGAAUAGACGCCUUUUGUAAGAGGUGAUUUAAAAUCGAAAAGGAAGAUUUGUUGGGGAUACACAAUUACCAAAAUAAUUACCCAGUUUUGAAAAGGUUUGCAAAGUUUCAUUCAAACAGGUCUUGCAUCUCUGGAGUGAAUGUAAUUCAAACAAUUUUAAAAAAAGAACUUGAUAUAGCAACCGCUAGGGAUGUAUGUUGUACCCUCCGUCAUACAAAUGUCUGUGAGUGUGACAAAUUUUGUGGUGAGUUAACUUGUCCCGAUUGAAAAAAAUUUAAUUGUUGCCAUUCGAGCCAUGCUCUUUCUUGAUGUAGUAGUUAUUCGGAAGUUGUCGUUUCUCCCGAUGUUAAAUUUUGAGCAUCGGAGAGGGGUAGGCCGAUAGUUUAGAAUUUACUUCCAGUUACUGUUAUUUUUGGAGUAGUCCUUUUGCUCUUGAUCAAAUUACUAACUUCAGACCAUGUUUUUUCAGAGUGCUCAGUGUCUUCACCAAAUCAAAAAGUGGACUGGACCCCAAGAGAGGUGAACGUGACCUUUGGACAGUAUAAAAACACCAGUCAUUGGUACGCGAACAUAUCUUGGACACCUUUGAAUGGUGAGUGAUUAAAGCUUCGAGAGAGUUGAACCCAUUUUAUUGAGUGUCAGUAAUAACUUCAGCAUCAAAGCGGCUUUCCUUUCUCUCGCGAUAUAAUUAGAGUGAAAAAAUUUCUCUACCUUCACCAAUCAGAUAAAAAAUUUAAAAGUAAAUUAAAGAUAAUAGAUUUCCCGCACUCCAGAGAGAGAACCUCAAGACUUAAAGAGAAAAUGAAGGUUCGUUUGCAUUGAAAUUUAAGUUUCAUUUUUUGAUAAAUUAUCUAGCUGCAAAUGCAGAAUAAUAUACUUAAUAUGAAUAUAUCUAUGUUAAGUUCCCUAAAAGCAAUUAUAACUUCAUGCGUUUUAUUUUUUAGUGAAAAAAGUUUUCCCUAAGCCUAGUUUUGAAUCAUGAGGGUUUAAUUAAUAUGCAAGUCCCCUUGCUUACGUAUGAAUUGCACUUAAAUUUUUCUUUUUCCUCGAUCAGACUCUUUUAGGGAUAUUUUUACGGAAAUGUAAUAUAGUAAAUAAUAUAUUUUUGUUAAGUAUGCAGCAUUUUCCCUAUGACCCCGUGUUGCAAAUUGGCUUCAGGGUAAGUCCCUAACGAAAAAGCAUGAUGACUCGUUGGAGUAACAAUUUUUCACUCUGCGAUUUUUUUUUUGUAGAAACUUAUGGAAACUGGUCUGGUAUCGUGGUUAAACUUGCAGUAAAAAAUGCCCACCCUGAAGUGAAAGGCUUAAAUCCAUCAACUUGUUCUCAGCAUCCGAAGGUAAGAUGCAAAGUUACGCGGAAAAUGUGGUUAAUCUUUCUUAAAGACUGACCUGAAUUUCGUUUACUUAUCAGGUGGAUUUAAUGAAUUUAACUUAGUUUUCUUUUCAAAACUAUCGCCUCGCAAGUUAAAGCUAGUUUUGCACAUCAGAAUGUUCCGGCCUCUUUGAAUGAUGUAAAGCUAGCAAGUCGCCCUAGUUAAAGUAACAAAACUUAGCCAAAUUCUUCAGAACCCUGAGGCUUUAGCAAUUGAUUUAAAGCUGUACCCAUAGUGUUUUGGGCACACUCAUCAAAUAAUCCAGCAUUGAUACAGAUUGAGAUCUGCAUGCUCUCCAACUGUACAAAAUGAGAGGAAAAAGAAAACUUCUCUUAGAGGUAUUAAAAGCCGUUUCUGGAAAAUCCACUGACCAUAGUAAACUUCUUUUCAUGUGGUCUAUGACGUGGUGGUCAGUAGCUUAUCAGUUGUGUUCUUUUUGUUUUUUCACCAUAAUUUCUCCUCUUUCUCUUUCUACAUUUUAGAAUCAAACAUUUCUUCAAGUUAAUCUCUCUUCCUAUGGAUAUCUUUUUCCAGAAACUAUUUAUCUAAGGGUAAGUGAGAGCACCCUCGAUUUAAAAUGUAUUUGCUACCGUGAGUUUAAUUAUUUUUGAACCAAAAACAGUUAGUGAGACGCUUCUCAUCAUGUUGUGGUUUCAUAUUUUAUUUCAAGAUUGUUGCUCUUCCUUACUCUCCAAAAGAGGACUCCUCAGAUGUACAGUCAUUUAAACCACGUAAGUUGUGCCGAUAACGAUAAAAAGCGUCCAGGAAGUCAACAUAGACACUCUUGUGUGAUAGCUCUUCCCCUAUAACACCCAAUAGCCAUACAUCAUUCAACAAAAAAGUAACCAGAACACUCAAAAUUAUCAGGUAGAGGCUUUUAUGUUAAUGUAACACCCAAUUCUCGUAACCUGUUUACAUGUAAAUGUGUUGCUGCCGGAGGGGAGAAUAACAGUCAGAUCUUGGGAGACAAAGGGGUAACUUCCCGUGUAAACUAUACACUAGGACUGAGGAUAUAAAAAUGAGGCGUAAAAUUAUUAUGUGCUUAGAUAAUAAUUUUCUUACCGUUUCGUCUUUUCUUCGUCAAAUUCAGGCAGAUAUUUGCCGUAAAACUCAGACAACUGUGCACCCUUUUAUUUGAUUCUGAUAAAUCAGUUGUAUAUUGACCACUGAACACGUUAAAGUUUAGCUGGCGCAGGCAAACCUCGAAACCACAAACUCAGUUCAGAUUUUCUGACGCCGAUUGGCUUUGGCAAUGUAUAACAUUCCAUAUACAUGGAUACGGUUGUCCGAGUUAAGCUCGCGAAGACAAACCUCAAAAUCACAAACUCAGUUCAGAUUUUCUGACAUUCCUUUUACAUGUAUAUUUAUGGUAUUCACGGUUUACUGAGUUUCAAAGAAGCUCACUCGAUUCAUACACUUUUUCCCCUCUGUUCACCCUUGGAGCCCUUAAAGUGACUGGUUUCUUUUUUUCACGUUUGAUUUCAAGUAAUUGUGAUGAAAAAGAAUAUUUCCUAUGUUCCGGCAUUCAGCACAUCAAUAUGAAAAUUCACUUAAUGGAGAGCGGAUAACAUGGAGACAGGAUGUCUCCAUAGAGGCAAUGAUUAUGGAAGAGAUCUCUGUCAAAUAGAAACAUUUUUGGAUAACCACUGCUGAAAAUGAAUUUCUUUAAAUGCAAGGAUAGAGGGAAAAGGUCCUUUGUUACAUGGACAGGGGUUCAUUUGUUAAAUUAUGUCAUUCUGGUGGUAUAAAAAAUAAUUCACAAUUUUUUUUCAUCAUUUCCGCCAUCAGGUUAAAGAUCAGCACGACUCUAGACUUUUUACUUCUAGAAAAAAUAAAUUGGUAGUAUACAUCAUUGUCUUGAUUCGGUCACUUGCUUAAGAAGCCAAAGCCGGUUGAGACUUGGAUUUAUGGUUUGUGAGACAGACACUUGUAAUCAUAUAUAACGUCUGAUAUACGACCCUUCCGAGUAACCUAAACACUACAAUUUGCCAAAGAGCUUUUAUCCAUGUCACUGCUUCAACGAUUUGGGUGAAAACUACAUGGUUAUUUUUCUUUUUUCCUAACAGCUGUUCCAACGUCACGCACGCUUGUAGAAGAUACGACAGCGGGUAAGAUAAGACAAGCUUUCAUUUGAGGGUCUUCGAAAAUCCAAAUUACUCACCGAUAUUGUUAGUAAGAUGUUUGUUGUGUAUUGUUAGGUCCAUCAAAAGUUUCGAAAAGAAAAAAAAGACAAUGGCAAUAAAAUAAUGCGAUUCUUAUGGACUAUCCAGGCUACUGCAGUUACUAACCGAACGAGAAAUUCAAAUGAAGAAUUUCGUGGUAAUCAUGCGCAUGUGUUUGUUUUGUGACAGAAAAGCGUGGUAGUCCUAUUUGUGAGAGUGAUCAAAGACGCUGUGACCUAGGUUUAUUUCAUAUCCUAUUUUCAUAAACGCUUGUUUAAUGUCUGUUUCUAGGUUUCCUACCCACAGUGUCAACAAACUCUUCAAAAUUCAGUAAGUUACGGUUCCUUUAUUAACAAACAGGAGAUAGUAAACAGAACUGAAAUAAUCUCUUUAAACGAAGAAUGCAAGCCAGGAGACUUGGUCCAGUAUAUAAAGUAUAGCCUCAAUAUGAAACUUGUCUGGCGAAAAUAGCAAACAAACAAAGUUUCCGUGAAUAGUGAAAGCAGGAAACAGGAAAAGCAUUUGUAUUGGAACCAACGUAAUCCACAUUUGGUAUUUGCAAACUGUAUAGAAGGAUGAGAUGUCGAUGGCUCAAUGUGUAAUUCACUAACCAACUCAAAGAAGGUUGUGAACCUUUUUUGUUAUUUUCUCGGCAAAUAAGCUCAAAUUACAUAACGUACUUUUCAUUAACCACCGAAAACUACCAUAUUUAGAGUAUGUGCCUUUCUGCAGGUUGUGUACGGCACGAGUUUGGAGAAUACGAGUGGCAUGCCAAAAACAUCAAUGGACGUUUUUCCAAACGAAGUAACGGAGAAUGGGUUGUCAACAUUUCGUGGACACCUUUUAAAAGUAAGUGAGUUUUAAUUCUGUGAUGUUUUACCAUAUAAGCUAAGCAAAAUUCAGUACUAUAACACUUGGCAGAUUGGCUGUAACUUGUUAGACUUGUAUUAUGUUAAACAUAUAUGUAUGAUUCCCAUAUGAUAUAUGGGAGUGACUGGUGUUUGAGCUACUGUUAUUUUGAGUGUUGAUUUUGCAUGAUUUAUGCCCCAGAAACCAUAUGAUUUUUACCCCGGUAUCUACGCCGAUAAAAGUAGAUAUGCGACUACGGAUGCGGCCAUUUUAAAUUUUGCUUAGCAACCUGGCCACUUAAAUUUGAGGUGAUAAAGUCUUGAUCCUCCUUGGCGAUAAAAUUGAACAAUAAGGAGAGGACGGCAAUGUCACUGAGUUGUUCUCCGUAUUGCUGCUUGCCUGAGAAGUAUUUUCGCACCCUUCUGUUCAAGAGCGAUCAUUGAAAGGGGGUAGACUAUCAGUCAGAGGGUGGUAAUAGACGAAAAAGCAAAAUUAAAUGGAAAGGGAACAAGGACGGUUAUGGAGGUAGUUGUUCAAAACUAAUCACAGAUGGGAUACUUAAACCGCCACACAGCUUCUCGUACGUGCUCGAGCGAUGCAAUGAUUCGAGAUAUUUUCCAAGUAUCAGUUAUUCUUUUAAUUGAGAUAACAACCCUUGCAACUUACUUGGGUAUCUUUUCUGUAGAUGCCUCUAUCAACUGGACUAGCUACUACAUUCAAAUGGGUAUCGGCGGAAAUGUCCCUAUAUUACAGUGUUUCAAAUUACCAAAGGUAUUCACUGAAAUUCCCUCAUUUUUAAUUCUUAAUUAGAUUUGUUUGAACUUAUGAGUAACAUUUGAUCGUAUAGUUUAAUCAUCCGAGUGAUGGUAGUACUGAGUAGGACUGUUGUCGAGUCCUGUUGUCGGAAGUCAUUAUCAAACUCGACUGUUGUUGAGUCUGAUGAUGACUUUCGCUGAGAUUGUAGACAUUGCCGCUGGUCAGCAUUACCGACAACAGUCAUUGUCAGGGCUGCUCUCGCCCGGACGAUCACACAACAAGAUCGAAUUGCCUUCUUGAAGUACAACACGACAUAACAUGAAUAGUAAAGUAAAUUCGUACUAGCAUACAUUCCUUGUAGCUUAAAUUUUUGAUACUGCAAACCUGUUUCGAUUAUGAAAAAAACUUGAACGUUUUCAACUUAGGUACAGGAGACAAGCUUAUUUAGCUGAGAUCAUUAGUUUAUUGCAAACGAAACAAAUUUUUAAUUUUGGUACAUGUUUUGAAUCAGCUCCUAAUAUUGAAAUUCGAAACGUAUUUCAUUCAGAACCAGACACAUUUCAUCUUGGAUUAUGCCACUUAUGGUUGGAAAUAUCCUGAGCGAAUUGACGUCGCGGUAAGUGACGAUAGCGACUUUAUCUUAUUAUCUUGUAAGUAUCAAUUUGAUUUGGUGACAACCGACUGACAAGAAAAGCUUCCUCAUUGUCCCUUUACAUCCCAAUAUCAAUACAAACAACUCCAUGCAUGCAUAUUCUCCAUACUGUUCUCUAUACAUUUUCCAAGGUGCUAACAAGGAGAACGUGUCUCACAAUCAAGAACUUCUUGAGUUGGUGAUCAUUUCCUUUAUUCUUGUGACCUUAAUGUUUGAUUUAGGAGUGAUUUUGUGGGGAGAAAUUAAAUGCUGGUCGCUCUUAGGGGUCAAAGUGUUAAAGUACAGUGUAUAUUUGGGGGCGUCAGUCAUUUGACUCGAAGCGUAUUUGGCAACCAAGGUUCAAAAGAGGUUCCUCUUACUUUUGUUCGUCAUCGUUAAAUUUUCGUAGUCCUCCAUUGGUUCUGUUAUGGUAUUUUCAUGUGAAGAAGUUUUAGAACGAUAUUUGAUUCAUUUGACAAAAGGUCCGGAGAUAUUCUGAAAUUGCUCAGAAGGUCCACAGCCACGGAUGAUGAUCUGUGGCUGUGAAUUUUUUUAACUCUAUGGCGCUCUCUUUUUUUACUUAUUACAUCCUCAUAUUGCUAAGGCGAAAAUCAACAUUUAGCCACGUGAUUUUUGAAAGACUUCAUCACUUUCAUUUGGCUGACAUGACAGCUAUUGACGAAACGCAGCCCCUACCGUCUCCCCCUCUUAGGUUCAAAUAUGAAACAUAGAAGGAAGGAACAAGCAUAAUAAAGAAUUUUUGGAGAGUUCUCUGUAGGAUUUAGUCAACAGAAACUUCUGAAUCCAAAAUCUUUCCCUUGUGCCUAGGUGACUGCCUAUCCAUUCCCCGAACAUCCAGUUAUGUAUACAAUGUCUCAUAUUGCUCGAAAAAAAGGUGAGAUGCAUAAUUUUCAACACAAUGAUAAUGUUCAGUUUUAAGUGAUAAUGAUAACAACAAUAAUGAUAAUAAUAAUAAAAAUAAGGAUACUAUUAUUAAUACUAGUAACGCUACUGAUGAUAAUAAUUAAGUAGUAAUGUACAUGAAAAAUUCACGCGCUUCCGAUUGGCUGAAAACGAGUGCAUUCUCAUGUUACACGAGUAGUGCAAGUUACAAUAGCGCGCACACUUUCAAAAUGUCGUCUGUCUUGACUUUCUGUGAUGUUGUUUCAUUAAGAAGUAAUAACAAGAUUCCUCUCGCACUUUGGCGUGAUAAGCACUUCUAAAUUUUUCAAAGACUACAAAUUGCACUCGUCUUACGGAACCGUGCAAUUUUACUGUCUUUGAAAUAUUUACUCGUGCUUAUUAAUACCCAUUGCACUAGAAAUCAUGUUAUUACCUAUACUAAUAAUAAGGCAACGACAAUAGCAAAGGCAAUGGUAAAGGCAAUGUCGGAGACAGUUACAGUGACAGUGACAAGGACGAUUAUGAUAAUCACAACAUUGAUGUUAAAAAAUUUGUAACAAUAGUGAGAAUGAUGAGAUGAAAAGUAAGACAAAGUGACAAUCAUUACAGAAAUAACUUUGUUUUGAAUAAGUAAGCGUUAACAAUUACGGUAAUGUGGUAGAAUUAUAUUGAGUAUAUCAGUACUCUCAGUAUUUCAUGUCAAAGUGAAUGUGGACAGACGGACAAACAGUCUGGAAGUCCUGAUCUACUCAAUUUUCUGUUGAACACUGACGAGGUCAUAGAAGGGCUGACGUUCUUGAAUAUUCUGGAGUUGCAACAUUGUAAAUAUCAGAAGAAUGUUGGAUUCAUUUGCGGUGGCGUCGAAAGUAAUCCGAGAUUCCAUUGGUUUUGCAUCCCUUUGCCCUGUAAUUUGCCAAAAAACUCGCUUGAACAUCUGAGCCAAUCGGAUGCAAAGCUAAUCACGACGCAGUCAUCCAUGUUUUCAGAACCUCAGGCGGCUUGAUUUAAGUUACUCCGACCUUUCAUUGGCUCUUCGUGUUACUUACUCUUGUUUUGAAUUGAUUAUCCGUUUUGGUUAUUUUGUUUUGGUUGAGAUUCUCAAUCUGAAAUUUACCCCAGAAAUUGCAAACAAUUGCAAACGUACAGUGUAGCUCAGGAUCGAGAGAGACAAAGGCAGGACAUUUCAAGAAAUCAAUUCCCCUCUCUCCCUCUCUCCCUCAGUCUUAUCCCCCGCAGCAUCACAAUAUAAUGAAUUAUGGGCGAUGCAGUUGUCCCUAUUUUAGAGGAUAAUGCUAUGGCAACGAAAGAAUCUAAAAAGUAACUACUUUAGCAGUAGUAGCUUGCCAAAUAUUAACCGGUUAUGUCAAAUUUGAAACUGUAUUAACCGACAUGAGGUCAAAUUGGUUUUACUCUAAUAGAAGUUUCUAUUCCGGCAACGACAGCAUCAUCGCCAAGUAAGUGUAGAUAAGUAACUUUGACGCAGUUGAUGCCCAUAGAAAAAAAAAGCCUUGAAAAACUAUGUUUCGUCUUUUAUAAAGGAGAAAUGUCUCCUGUCUCUUUAACCCCUAGAGGUAAUUCAUCUGUAAUAUAUUCCUCAAUGCAAUGGAUUCUCCAAAUACAAUUCAUAGUCCACAAAAGAAAUAUCAGCGAACCACUCACUAGAAUCUCUUGAGCUGUUGUUCCCUUGGAAAAUUGGUGAACUAAUCUCAUACAAGUGGAUAUCCUCUUAGCAAACAUUUACAUUGAUACACGAUUCUUCAACAGCUUCAAGAACACUUGAGGUUGUAUUUUCUUCCGUUGGAGGUACGUUUUUUCUUGGGCUGUUCGCUUUGGUGUUGUAUCGAAAAUGUCGUAAGCCGCCAUCUUCAGUUACCAGGGAGACUGUAAGAAGAGGUAAGGUCGAUACCUAAGCCGCAUCAUGCACUUAUCAUUCACUCUAAAAAAAAGCUGAAAUUUCUUAGGUGUUCAAAUUAUCUUACUGUUUCAGGAAAAAAACUAAAGCUAUAGCCCGGAAUCUCUCCAUAAUUAUUGUCCUAUAACAUUCACAUCCAAAAGCUUUUCAAGACGGACUUUCUCCGAUAACUUCCCAACAUUCAUGAUAUGCUUGAGUAUCUGCCUCGUUUGUGACGAGCUAGUUGCUAAUAAAUAUGGGAUAUUACCUCACCUGCAUGCAAAGAAUUAAUUUUGUCCUUAGUCCGAGUAACUUCGCCUAUGGACAAGAACCUGAAAAAACGUACGCGUAUUCGGGAUUUCUCUGGCCGGCUAAAAAGGAAAACGAGAACAAGAUAUACUUGGUUGCCUCAAGAGAGGAUAAAGCGCAUCCUCUCUUAGUUACUUUUAUCCUUUAUUUCGAUUGCCUCAUGAAGACUGCAAUAAUCACAAUCUUAAACAAUCAAAGACAGAAUAUUAACAAUAUUCAUUUUGUUUUCACAGCUUUUAAGUACCACGCAUUCAUAAUCUACAGCACGACAGAAUCUGAAUGGGUCAACAACGUCCUACUUUCGACGCUACAGAGCAACGGGUUUAGAUGCUGUAUACAUUGGAAAGAUUUUCAACCCGGCUCAGUGUUUGCUCAGAGCAUUGUUGAUAGUGUCCAUGAUAGCUACAAGAUCAUUGCUGUCGUAUCGGAGAGUUUUGUUCAAAAAGGCAUUUGCGAAUUUGAGAUAAACCACGCCAUAACACGAUUGAUGAACGAGGGCGAUGAUUGCUUGAUUAUAAUCAAAUACGACAAUGUGGAUCUCAAAGUCCAUUUGCCAUCUCUCUUGGAUAGGAGUUACAUUGACCUACCGAACGAAACUGACAGAUCGACAUGGGAGUCUAGGGUUGUAAGUGUUCUUCAAGAGGCAAUUAUCGAGGAGGAAGCCAGUGUUCACAGUGAAGAGCACUCCAACAAUAAUUACGAACAUGACGGAAAUUCUUCGAGUGAUGACAGUUCACAGGAGUUAACGUAUUACUGUCAGUCACGUGGGUUGAUCACCACCCAUGAAACGCAUAGCGCCUGUAGGAGCUAAAGGACCAUAAUUUACCUGAUCCCCCCCCCUAGACUUUGUAAUAUUCUUAGGAUCCUCCCCCUCCACCCCCCUCCCCUCAUUCGCCGUCAAUUUUCUGUCGUUCUCCCUGUUGUUGCAGUCUGAUUGGCUCUUGUCAGUGUGAUUUGUCCUACAGUCGCAUCAUUUUCUGAUCUUAAUCGAAAUUUUUUCCUAGCCACUAAAAAAGAACAACCAGUCCGAUUUCAAGUCUUAUCUAAAGUAACCAAUCAAAUUUUAGGAAACUGAAAGACAACGUUAGCAACUUUUUUUACACACCAGCCCAGUACUGGAUCAAUAAAAUAUAUGUACAGACUAAAAAGUCAUGUAUUUGAGCGACUGAAUUUUUUUUUUUCAAAGUAAAUGUAAUAAAGCGG